GUCUGUCGUCACUGAAAAAGCGGACACGUCUGAAACGCAUGGGGCUCGGUCGCUACGAGACCAAGCCCUGACGUAACUCCUUGAUAUCUCCGGGGCGCAAUAUUCCUCCAGCUUUCUUUCGACACAGAGCAGGACGCCACGCUCGUUUUCCCCGUCCUUUCCGUCUGCUUGGACACUACGACUGGCGAUGCUCCCGAAGAGCCCAGCUCCUGCGUCGUUCGCGCGUCCUCAGCGCGUAGAGCAGACCGAGCCUGAAAACCGCGGCUCGAUGCUCCGUGCGUCGAUCCUGGAGAGCGCGCUCGAGCUCGGCGUCGGAAGCAGCCGCACUGUCGCCAAUUGGAUGUUCAACCCCGUGGAGGAAGGAGACGAAGAGGAGGUUCUGGAUAACCAGGGUAUCGUCUCCCCGAGCCUCACGUAUGCCUCGACUGCAACGUCGGAAGAGUCGAACCUCUCCGCUGGACUAACGCAGCCGCAGCGCACCCAGCCCGGCGCUGGAAUACUCAUCAACGCCAAUGGCAGCAAGGAUGCCCUCAGUCUGGACACCUCCAUUCAGUACUCGCAGCGCAACGGGCUGUCGCCUGCGCGCGGUACCCCUGAUCCCACACAGCGGACGCUCCAAUUCGACCUUAGGGCAACGCCGGAACCCCGCGCGAUCUCCCCAGUUCCUUCUGCGCAGCCGCAGGGCUUGUUGCUGAAGGGCAGGAACAAGCUUCGCAAGCCGAAUAAGGAUGGUUACGAGAGCGAUGGUGGGUAUGUGAGCGAGAGCGGGAAGUCGAAGAAGGAGAGAGAGAAGAAGGAGAAGAAGGAGAAGGAGAAGAAGAGCAAGAAGAAGGGAACGGACAAGGACGGUGCAGGCGAGGAGGGCGCAACAGACUACGAGAGCGACGGUGGGCACCUCAGUGAGGCGAGCGCGAAGCGGAAGAAGAGCAAGAAGGAGAAGAAGGAGAAGGUGGAGAAAGAGAAAGAUAAGUCCAAGUCCAAGUCCGCCGACUCCCCAGCGACAGACUACGAGACGGACAAGGGCUACUCCUCGAGCUUCUCCAAAGCUCUGUCUCGCAAGCAGUCCUCAGUGACUUCCCCUGUCAGCGGAGACGAGUCGGACGGCGGUUACCUCUCGGAGUCGUCGAAGAAGCGACGGUUCUUCAGGUUGAAUUCCAAGUCACGCAAGAAGCAGGACUCGCUAGACUCUUCGCAGGACCAGCCCCCUCCCGUCCCGGCACUCCCUAACCUCACCCUCCCCAUCCACGAGAAGUGGAGGCGUGCAAAUACGCCAAUCCCGCCUGACGCGUUUGGUGACGUCCGUCCGAGCGUAGAGACGUUCACUUCGAUCGACACGUCGACUUCUGCGUAUACAUCCAUCACUGCCGACAUAUCAUCGACCACUCUUGAGUCUGAUGAGAAGCGGGACUCUGUGGUCUCGCAUGAUGGUCUCACCAAGGCGUUUGCAGACGCAGAGUCGGUCCGUUCCCCAAGCAUCGACUUCCUGUCCUCCCUCCGCCGGCCAGGUGCCGGAAGCCCACUUUCACCGUCGAAGUUCAAUCCCUUCCAUUAUGGCCAACGCCCCGGCAGUCCGCCCUCACCGAAAUCGCGUGGUGAUCCUACGCUGUCUCCAUCCAAGUCCGUUCGCUCUCGCCCGCAGAUAUCAGCGCCAAACACGACCUCUCUCGCGCCGAAACAUGUGCCAGUCCCUCUCACGCUCACCCCGCCUACCCCGACCAGCCGUAGUCACCCUUCGCCAGAUCCAGACUAUGUCCUCAUCACACCGAACCCAUCGACACCGACGGCAGCUGCCGCACCGCCCUCUCCCAGUCCCACACUAGUGCGCCCAAAGGUGCUCGCAUAUUACGACCUCCCGCCGCCGAGCCCCCCGCCCAGGGGACCGUUGCCAGACGUUCCAUCGGACAUCUCGAGAAGCACAAGUCCAUCAUGGAGCGUGAUGGACUCCUCCCCUGCGCGCUUCCCACGUUCUGCUCCUGCGGACACGAACGACCCGCGCAACGCCCAGCGGCGGAACAUUCCCAUCGCUUCCCCUGUCGACCGUCCGAACACGGCUGCGCACCCGUUCUCACAGGACGUUCCCAUCGUGGCGCAGCCCGUGCCGCCCGUCCAGCGUGGACGUGUUUCCCCUUUCCCGACUGCGCCGGUGCUCCCGCGGGAGCAGACGAGGCCCCUCAUGCGGCAGACGUCGAAGGUCACCCGCGAGGCCGUCAACCGCGUGCUCAACCAGAACAUGCCUGCAUCCGCCAGCCCUUACCCCAACGGGCACGGACGCUGGCCCUCCAACGAGGUGCGGGUCGAGGCGCCCCCUGCGUCCGCGCAGCCGUACUUUGCAGGGGACAGCCGCUGGCCCUCACGCCCUACAAACCAGCUUGGGGUGCGCUGGGCGCCGCGCUCUGCAUCCGCGAUGGACACGCGAAGGCCGCAAGAGGGCGAUGGGACGGAUCCGGAUGACGGCCGCCCCUGGUUAGUAUACGAUGACGAGGAGGUCGAGGAGGGCAAGGCCGGCAUUAGUAACGAGUCGCUUUCAGUGCCCAAUACGCGGCCCGCGUCGACGGAGCCUCCGGAACCUUCCCCGGAUGUCAACGCUAUUCUCGCUGGGUUCCGCGCACAGCGUGACGCGGAAGCGGCCGCGCGCCAGGAUCGUGCCCGCUCAACGAAGACGGACACAACGUCAAAGCACGAUACGGUCGCGGGUAUCGUGGCGGGGUACGAGCGCGACACGGUGUACCUGGAUGCGGAAGAGGGCGGCGGGGACCGUUCGAGCGUGUGGAGCGAUGCGAACAGCCGUUAUAGUUUCUUGGACGACGAGCGGAGCGCGGAGAUCCGCGCGAAGUUCGUCAAGCGGGUGGAGGCGAUGUACGGGAAGGAGCUCGUCCCGCCCGUGCCGCGAUUAGACCAGAGCUUGAGCUCGAGGGGCGACUGAUCUCCUGCGUUAUUGUGUCUGCUAUUCUUGCCCUUUGCUUAUUGCCUCUGUUCUAAUUAUGAUUAUACUCGCAGUUGGGUUCGUAAUUGGUUUGUCUACGCUGUAUCCUCCUCCACUCCGCUGAGCUCGUUGGUCUGUCAUUGUAUUGUUUCCUCGACCCCAUACCUGGAGUACCUGCUUGUCUGUCCGCUCGUUUGGUCCUUGCGUUCGAAACACGCUCCUUGUCAUUUGCACACAUUGCCUUCUCUUUAUCGCUCUCGUUAUGCAUCCGCCAUCACCUUUGCUGAGAUACCUGUGGUAUGGCCAAGAUAGCUUUAACAACGCCUGCGAGGUACUGGCGAGCGUUUUUGUGCUCGUUGAUGGCGAUUCUCCACAAUCGGGACGCUUGAUGGGCCCAAACUCCACCGUACGUCUUUUGCAUGCGCAGUAUUUGAGUUAUGGUCUCAUGUGAUGUGUUAGGUCUCUUUCUCGCCGCUCACUUGAUAAUCAGUGCUAUUCCGU